CACCGUCCAAGCAACCGCCAUAAUCCGCUUCAUUCACCCUUCCUUGUCCUUACAGGUGCCGGUGGCCCAUACUCUUCUGCCCUUCUACUACUACCUCCUUGUCCUCUCUUCACUCAGUCUCCAAUCUCCAUUUGCCAACAGGUACCAGUUUUUUUUUUUUUAAAAAAAAAAUUUUAAAAUAUGAAACGUCGACACCUGCUCUGCUCCAUUCUUGAUUCUACAUAGGGCCCCUUGCUCCCCUGUUCUUUCUUCUACUUCUUGUACUUCUUUCCCGACUCUCCUCCCCAACCCGAACUCCCUUGCUACUUCUACUACUUCAACCACUCCUGUCACGCCACUCCAUUCCCUUGGCUUUUCGAUCCUGAUCGCCCGAUUCCGUUUUCUGCUCCCUCAGGUUCAAACGGCAACUCUCAUUGUUGUUCAAUCCCACCAAUUCCAAUUCUUUUAAGACUCCAAAGACGUCAAUGGCAGGGGCCUCAUCAACCGAGAAAAAUAAACAAGUAUUUGAGUCGGAGGAAGACCUGGCUGUGGACUUGGCUGAGUAUGUCGCCCAUCUAUCUGAUCAAUUCGCCAAAACAAGGGGUGCCUUCACCGUUGUUUUAUCCGGGGGUUCUCUUGUCAAGUCUCUCAGGAAAUUAGUAGAGCCUCCCUACAUUGAUUUGGUGGAUUGGUCCAAAUGGCACGUUUUCUGGGCGGAUGAAAGAGUUGUUCCAAAGGAUCAUCCCGAUAGCAAUUAUUUUCUGGCCUAUAACGGCUUUCUAUCCAAGAUUCCAAUUCCUGCUGGCAACGUGUAUGCCAUAAAUGAUGCAUUGUCUGCUGAAGGUGCUGCAGAUGACUAUGAGACCUGUCUCAAGCACUUGGUUAAGAACAGGACGAUAGAGGUAUCAGAGAUCAAUGGUUUUCCAAAAUUUGAUCUCAUGCUUUUGGGAAUGGGCCCAGAUGGGCAUGUUGCCUCUCUUUUUCAUGGGCAUCCACUUGUGAAAGAGAACAAGAAGUGGGUUACUUUCAUCAAGGACUCGCCAAAACCUCCUCCGGAGAGGAUAACGUUGACAUUCCCUGUAAUAAAUGCUUCCGCACAUAUUGCACUUAUUGUAGUAGGAGCUGGUAAAGCCGAUGCUGUUCGUUCAACACUGGGUAGUGAUCAGGACACCGAUUUGCUUCCCGUGCAAAUGGUUUCACCUGACGGCAAGUUGAAUUGGUUCUUGGACAAGGGUGCGGCUUCAAAGCUGUAGGGUGCACACUUGCCUAUAAUAAUAUCAGUUGAUCUUGCUCGAUUAGCAGCAGGCAAGAAUUGAAUAUUCCCGAUGCUUGAAUGCCUUAUGGUGAUUUUUUUCCUUUCAAAUUAUCUGUGGUAAGGAUUCAUGGAAAUUUUGGGUUUCAGUGCUGGGGAGUAAGGAUACUUGGGCGUCUGUCUUCUUUUUGUGAUGUCAAGUCCUUGUAUUAUCUAACAAUUGAAGACAGCCCAGGGUUUAUGUUUAAUCAUAGGGUAACUACUUUUGGUGUCCUCAAAAACUAGUAUUUAUUU